ACCCAUAGCAACACGAAGCACACGUACUGUACUGUCGACCUUUUUCGCGACGGACAAUAAUUAGCCUUGAACUUCUUUUAUUUAAUGACAUGGUUCAUGAUAAGUUAACUCUCCCACGCCAUUUUUGCUGUCAUCUUAUUUAAACUUUGUCUUUUGGAUCUUGACAACACCGAUGUCUGAAGAUGGCAGUUUCUUUGGGUAAUAUCAAAGCAAAGCGUACCCAAGCUGUUGCUCCAAGGAGUCUAUUUGGUACCGUGAUUGAAGUCGCGAAUGAAGACGACAUUCAACAUGCCAAAUCCCUACCAGUGCCCAAGAGGCGCAUGAAGAAGGACAAGCUUGGCAACUACAUGGCUCCAGACGCUAAUGGCGUGCUAAAGAAUGAACUUGCCGAGGUGGAGAGGCAAAUGCAUAAGGCUAGAUUUGCAGAGAAUGAUCUCAAGGAGGCCUCUCAUCUUGCUCUCACCUUUCAUCCAAACCCUGACACCAUUAAAACCGGUAUCCCUGAUGGAGCCCUAUCUUUCAAACCAAAGAACCAGUAUGCCCCAUACAAGCAGGACAUCAAGCUCCAUUCUAGGGACAUUUCACUGACGGAGCACUUCAACAAACCGAUGGGAAUCGAUGCAAACCCGGACUAUAAUUAUGAGCGUUACCGCCGGCCGUAUACUAACACUCAAUUCCAGCAAGCAGGGACUGUCCUUGGUAAAGGGGGUGCUUUCCCAAAGAAGGACGAUGAAUCAAAAAGCAUGCGUGAAACUUUCCCUCCCACCACAAGACGUGUUCGAAAGACGCCUAGCCCAGGAAUUCAGCCAGGGCAACGUGCGUUUCCUACCGACAGAAUCCCGGACAACAUUCGUUUCCUACAUGGGGAGGAGCUGUGCAAGGAAGUGGCAAAGGAAAAUGAGUUUCUGAGGAAGGCCACCCCUCCACCUAAGCGCAUCCCUGGUCCCUUAAUCACGGCCAAGUUUCCUCCAGUGAAGACGAGCAUCUCCCUGGACACUGACCCCAUGUAUUCGGCCCUCGGCACGUCUUUGAAGCAGGACAUCUUCAAUGGUGUGCCACACAGCCAUGUGAAGAGUCUCUACAAGAGUUCUUUCACACAAGACAUCCAUAACAAGUCUGUGGAAGUCUUCCCUCCCAAGUUUGCUAUACAGAGGAAUCAAGACAGUAAAUGGAAUGAGGACGGUGUGAUCAGGAUGAAGCUGUACAAGGCUUGGGAUGCCAUGACGCUGGAGCGACUACAAGCCAAGGGAGGUGGAACUUAAGAAAACACAUAUCUUAACUAAUCUAAAUCAUGAUGAGCCAUUGAUCAAUGAUGAUACAUACAGGUACAUGGAGGUGGGUAUGUACAUACGGUAAUAUACAGAUUUCAUUCGAGAUAUUUGUGCUGACGAUAAUAAUUUAGACUAUCAAUAUGAUAAUAUAAAUUUGUUACGAAAAUCUAAAUCCCAUUACAAAACUAACAUAAAAUUUUGUGAAGUAGUUUUUAGAAUGUGAAGGAUUUUAGUUGGAUGAUAUCUUUUAUGGACCCUAAGCCUUAAAAUCAAAACUGACCAUAAAUUGCCAUGGCUGCACAUGUAUAAGCAUCAUAUCGUUCCUAUUUUCACGAAGUGACGGUAGUGAGGAAAAUCUGCACGCAAAUUGUAUGUGAUUUUCAUUCACUACAGUCACUGCGUGAAAAUAGGGACGAUAUGGUUCCAUGUACAUGUAUACAUGAAUAUGGUUGCACACUCAAGUAAUUUGAUAUAUUUAUAUAAUCAGGUAACCUUAUAUGAAUGCUAUGGUUAUUUAAAAAUUCAAGAUAUUUUUCACCUUAUGCAAAUAUGCUUGCAUUAUAAUUGUAUUUAUAUUGCAAUGUGGAACAAAGUCUUGAUGUGACCAAGGCUAAGAGAUGACUUAUUGGAGGUUGUGAGAUGGGUGCACAUUAUAUGUACAUGUACAUACAAGAAUUGCUAUCCUACACAUGAAAUUGGAACUGGGAGUUUUCUAAAAAAAAACUUGAAAGGUGCUUGCCAAAAACAAAAAUUGAUUAGCUUUUCUACUUCCAAACAAACCAUUCAAAUUUCAAUGUAAUCUACAAAGUAAUAUCUUAACUUGUUUACUUUUCACAGUAUUUUGUGUAAUUUGUUUGAUGUAUUAUAUUUAUCAGGACUUCUCAUGAAUACAUUUUAUGGGCUAAAUUGUAUCAAUGACUCUUUGCUCAUAGGAUGAAUACAUAUGUCAAAA